GUCUAAUAGAAAUCAAUCACUACAUAUAUAAGAGUGUCAAGUUACAAAGCAAGCAACAAAACCAUUCUCAAUCUCACUCUUUCAUAACACACUGUUCACACACCACCCCACCAUGAGAACUCCCAUGUUUGGUUCUUUUUCUUCCUCAUUUACAAACAUUGGUUCAUCAUCAUCAUGGUUCGAGCUAUAUGCUACCUUUUCCACUUUCAUGAUGCUUUUAAGAACUGCAAUCAAUGAUCUCAUACCCUUAAAACUUAGAACUUUCAUCAUCUCAAAGCUACAAUCUUUCUUCACAAAUUACCAACCCAACAAUCAAGUUUCACUUCAAAUUGAUCAGUAUUGGGAUGGAACUACCAACAAUCUUUUCUAUGCAGCCAAAGAGUAUCUCCCUACUAAAAUCUCCACAACUUACAAAUCCCUCAAAGUUGGAAAAUUAUCCAAACAUAACAACAUAGUUAUAGCUUUUGAUGGAAAACAAACAGUGGUGGAUAAGUUUGAAAACAUCAAAGUUAAAUGGAACCUUGUUGAAAAAUCAAACAAUGAUGAGGAAAAUGGGUUUGUGUUAAGUUUUGAUGAGAAGCAUAGAGAUAAAGUAAUGGAAAAGUAUCUUCCACAUGUUUUAAGCACUUAUGAAGCUAUAAAAGAUGGACAUAAAACUCUUAAGAUACAUUCUAUGCAAAGUGGGCCAUGGAAACAAAGUGAUUUAAAUCAUCCUGCUUCAUUUGAUUCACUUGCUUUGGAACCUGAUUUAAAAAAAGCUAUUAUUGAUGAUUUAGAUCGGUUUUUGAGAAGGAAAAACUUGUAUAAGAAAGUUGGUAAACCUUGGAAACGUGGGUACCUAUUGUAUGGUCCACCAGGAACAGGAAAAUCUAGUCUUAUUGCUGCUAUGGCAAAGUAUUUGAAGUUUGAUGUGUAUGAUUUGGAUCUAAGUUCUGUGCAUUCUAACUCACAACUUAUGAGAGCUAUGAGAGAGACAUCUAACAGAUCUAUCAUUGUAUUUGAAGACAUUGAUUGCAAUUCUGAGGUGCUUGAUCGAUCAAAACCAGACAAGUUUGCAAAUUUGGAUUCAGAUUCUGACUUAAUUGAUAAGGUGACAAUGCCUAAAAGGUUUACUCUAUCUGGUUUGCUUAACUAUAUGGAUGGAUUGUGGUCAAGUUGUGGAGAAGAAAGAAUUUUGAUAUUUACAACAAACCAUAAAGACAAAGUAGAUUCGGCAUUGUUGCGCCCGGGACGUAUGGACAUGCAUAUUCACUUGUCUUUUCUUAAAGCCAAGGCAUUCAGAAUCUUAGCUUCUAAUUAUUUGGACAUUGAAGAACAUCAUCAGCCUCUCUUAGAACAGAUUGAUGAGCUAUUGGAAAAAGUUGAGGUCACCCCUGCAGUAGUAGCAGAGUAUUUGUUGAGAAAUGAGGAUCCUGAUGUUGCUCUUAAAGAAAUUGUUAAAUUUCUUCAAGAACUUGACAUUCCAAAAGUUAUUGUGGAUGAAGAAUGAAGUCAGAAAGUUUAGUGUUUUCUUGCUGGUGAAAAAAUGACAUUAGAAAUGCUUAUGUAAUUGUAGUUUUUAUUUAAGAUAUGAUUUUGUUGCUACUGGUAAAAAGCAAGAUUGCAAAUUAACUAUGGUAUUGUAAAUAUUUGCACUUGUAUUUUGAGUUGUCCUAAAACUUCAAUGCUAAAUGCUGGUAGAAUCUAAUAUCCA